GGCACGGAAAUGUGACCAGAAAUUUUCAAUAUUUGAAAAUGCUGAAAUUUACGCAGGAAACAUGCCAUUUGGAUUAUUUCAUCGGAUUGAUUUCGGUGACCUCAAUCGCUUGCAUUUGUUUAAUUGCCGUUGUUUAUUUGUGGAAAUAUAAUUAUUUUUGGAAUUUCACACAAGCAAAUCGGCAGCAGCACAAGAACACGAGUGGCAACGGUAAUAAAAGCAACGAAACGCAAGGAAAUAACGACGUUGAAAAUGGAUUCGCGCAAACAUGCAAAUCUGAGCCGCACAUUUUCAGACUGCACGACCUUCGAUUCACAUUACUGCUGAUACUUUUGUUUAUAAAUAUAUGUCAAGUCUGUCAAUCAGGUCUUAUUGCAACGAAAGUCGACUCAAUUUGGCCCCUGAUGUACACAACGACACUUUUUCUGGCGAAUAUUUUACUUGGAAUUUUCGUGAGGUUCAUCGAAAUUUGUGAUAAAUCGAAAUUACUGUACCUUCCUAUACUGAUACAAUCAAUCCAAGUCAUACCUGUUGUGUGGAAAUAUCAUCAUUUAACCAACGAGCUGCCAGUAUGGAGUUUACAGGCAUUUACCACAUUGAUCCAUUUCAUGAUUUUACUUGCACUGAUUGUCACGGAUGCUGUUACGCGAUAUUUGGAGUACUUGAAACCAAAAGUUCUCGCUGAAUCAGGAGAUAAUGAAACAAAAUCCGAGGGAUUUUCCAAGAAAAAAAGCACAUUACUCUCGAAAUUGACCUUUUGGUGGCUAACACCGUUACUGUGGCAAGGAUUUUGGGAGCCCUUAGAGCUGGAAGACCUUGGAAAAUUGCCGGAAAAGGAAACUGCCCGUUUUCAUUACGAUCAAUUUUUGUUCAUUUAUCACAAAUAUUCAAAGAUCAACAAAUCGUCACUUUGGUCCUGUUACUUCCACAAUUGUUGGCAAAUGUUUUGUUUCGGAGGCAUUUUAAAAUUAUUUGGGGAUCUUUCGGGACUUGUUGGACCUUUAUCGAUAUCAUACAUUGUUAAUUACAUCGAAAUGGAGUCUCUUGCGAGGAAUUUUACGACAAAUUCAGGAAAUUUCACACAAAUUAAAGUUACUUCAAUGGAUUUUGUGGCGUUAGAUUUCCCAAAUUGGAAUGAUUUCAUGUACAACGGAUGGAUAAUUGCGUUAAUGGUGUUGAUUUUUUCCAUUUUGCAAGGAACUUUAUCGCAAGCUUCCACGCAUUUCGUCAAUAUGGAAGGAAUUAAGUUGAAAAAUGCUCUUCAAGGAUUAAUUUACCGCAAAACGAUGCUUUUAACGUCAAAAUGCAUCUCAAAUGGAAUUUCAUCGGGAUCAAAAGACUCGUCGGAGCCAAAACCGAAACCGGAUCUCUUGUCACGAAAGAGUUUCAGUCAAGAUUUGUUCGACGAUGACAAAGCGAACAAUAUUGGGAACAUCACGAACCUCAUGUCGGAAGAUACCUUCAACGUUAUGUCCUUUUUUUGGAUCGCGCAUUAUGUUUGGGCGAUCCCUUUGAAGAUUUCCGUCGUCAUUUAUUUACUUUAUCGUCAAUUGGGAGCAAGUGCAAUUUAUGGAUCGCUCAUUUGUAUCAUGACAAUGACUCCGAUGCAAUUUCUCAUUGGCAAGAUGAUGUCGAAUAACAUGAAAAAAGGCACCGAAUGCACCGAUGAGCGACUAAAGAAAAUUAAUGAAGUGUUAAUUGGCAUUAAAUUGAUCAAAUUAAAUGCGUGGGAGAAGUUGUUCAAGGAAAAAAUUACAACUCUGAGGAAUAAAGAGUUGGUUUACUUGGACAAAGAUUCCAUUUAUUGGUCUUUGAUGACGUUCCUGACUUACGUUUCUUCGAUUCUAAUUACUUUCGUAACUCUCCUAAUCUACUUCAACAUUUCCCAUGAAGACAUUCCUUUCACCGCAAGUCGCCUUUUUACCGCUCUCGCACUCUUCAAUCAACUCACCGUUCCUUUGUUCAUCUUUCCGAUCACGAUUCCCAUCAUAAUUAGUGCCAUCGUGAGCACCAAACGUCUCGAAACAUUCCUCGGGCAACCUGAAGUGGAAAAAGAACUCGAAGGAGUUAAAAAUAUGGCAAGAUUCUUGAGUCAAAGUGACGCUUCUCUGGAUAUUUUGGAACAAAAAAACGGAGAAAUCUCCGAAAAAUCUGAAUUUGCACCAGUUUCACCGCCGGAAGACUCGUCACUGACACCUUGCAACACCCUGCCCCGCAUCCGGAUGAAGGAAAAUACCCAAGAUUUGGUUUCGUGUCUCAGUAACAGCCUGGAUCGGAAGAAGGUAAACCUGAAAAAAGGAGGUCCCGUAACAAAAACUGUCAAAUACGGCAAGCAAUCGUCGAAAAGUCAACGAAAUUCAGCGGAUUUAUCGAAAAAAUUAUCGGAAGAAUUUGUGGCGUCCAUCAACGAUGCCGUUUUUUCGUGGAAUAAGGAAGAUUUUGUGAGUACCGUGACUGUUCCGUGCCGAGUAACGAUCCCCAAGGGCAAAUUAACGUUAAUUGUGGGAAGAAAUGGAAGCGGAAAGAGUUCCCUGUUGUCAGCGCUGUUGCAUGAGAUGUUCAAACUCGAUGGCGGGACCUUGUUAUGGGAUAAAUAUGCGACAAUUGCGUAUUUGCCGCAAACGCCGUGGCUGUUAAACGCAACAAUACGAGAAAAUGUGCUUUUUGGCGAGUCAUAUAGGCCUCGCAGAUACCAAAAAGUGCUUGAAGCAUGUUCGCUUUUGCCCGAUCUUGAACUUUUACCAAGCGGAGAUCUCACGGAAAUUGGCGAGCGCGGCAUAAAUUUGUCUGGGGGACAACGUCAACGCAUUUGUCUUGCUCGGGCCUUGUAUUCUUCCGCUAAUGUGGUGCUCCUUGACGAUCCACUGUCAUCGCUGGAUAACGAAGUCGGCAAAUCCAUCAUAGAAAAUUGCAUAAAAAAACUUCUACUUCGCUAUAAUCGAACAACGAUCUUGGUAACGCAAAAAAUUCAACUUGUCUAUAACGCCGACGUCAUCAUAGCAAUGGACCAGAAUCGUGUUCUUGCCGCAGGAACCUUGCAAGAAAUAGAAAAAGAUCAUCCUGAGCUUUGGCAGGAAUGGAAUGCCUCGAUAAGUAAGGAAAAUGACGUCAGUCCGGGCAAAACAGCGCACGAGAGAUGGAGAUUGUUCAAAAAUAUCGCAAAAUUGGGACUUCAAAAGACGAAUAUUUUGGAAGAAGACUCGUUCGCAGGCAACAAUCGGUUGUCGUUGUUCUCGUCGUUUCGCAAACGGACUGGAUCGAUCAGAACUCGGUUGCUGACGCAUGAUUUGCCUCUUCCGAUUGACGAAUGUAAUGAUGGCGAAGUGGUUCUGCGUCGCAAAGGCACCCAAAGAAAACGGAAUUGUACGUCGUUGGAGCUGCGAUAUCCGAUGGGGAACGCGAUUCAUGAGAAUAUCAAUGAAAAGACGCCCGUUACGCGACACGUUUCGUCGCCAAUACCGAUGCAGUACACAAAUAGCUCGAGCAAUAAUUUGACAGCGGCGGAUUUGGAGGCAUUCGAUAAAAGUCGGAAAGUGAGUUUGAGACAAUUUAUUCGACGGAUGUCAUCGAGGAGGAAGAGAACGCAGUCAAUUAACGAACAAACGGGAUUUUUGCGUGGAAAAUGGAAGAAUAAUGGAUCGAUUCAAAGCAUCAACGAGGAACAACCCCCGCCGCCAUUACAACGUCUCAUGUCAACCAUCAGUCGUCACAGCGACGAGCCCGAAGAAGAAGCUGUUGCCGCCAAAGAUCUCGCUACAAUCAGCGAACGCUUAGUUAGUGACGAGGAACGUAAAUACGGAGAAAUCCCUCGUCACAUCUAUCAACUUUAUCUCAAGUCAUGCGGCAUCAAAUUCGUUUGUAUUUUCUUCUUCAGUGCCUUGGGAUGGCAAUUGUUGCGUGUCUACACUGACGUUUGGCUCCAAAAUUGGACCAACGACGACAAUAAUUCGUCUGACGUGCAAUAUUACUUCAAAAUUUACACAAUUUUGUCGGUUAUUUGUCUGUUGAUGGCAAUUAUCACCACUCCAUCGGGACAAUUGGCAGGCUCCAAGGCAAGAAAAGUGCUGCAUGAACAACUCACGGACGCGAUUUUACGAAAUUCGUUAUAUUACUUCCAAACUACUCCGAUUGGGAGGAUAUUGAAUCGUUUUAGUAAUGAUGUGGCAGUGGUUGAUAAGAAAAUCGCAGCUACAAUCCAAAGAUUGUUUCAAUUUGUGCUCCUGUGUGUUUGUGCCAUCCUAAUUAACGCUGCGAUCACUCCUUGGUUCCUUUUAAUUACAAUUCCAAUUUGCAUUUUAUACCAUGUCGUACAAAAAUUCUACAGAUGUUCGUCACGGGAACUUCAACGCUUGGACAGCAUAACAAGUUCACCCGUUUUGUCCCAUUUUGCUGAAACAAUCGCUGGAGUCGUCACAAUUCGAGCUUACAAUCAAGAAUCUCGUUUCAUGGAGAUGUUAUUUCGCAAAAUUGAGGCCAAUAAUGUUGCUUUUAACAUCAUGAACUCGAGUAAUCGAUGGUUGGGAAUCGCUUUGGAUUAUCUCGGAGGAAUUAUCGUCUUUUUAGCCAUUCUAACGUCGUUAAUAACCGCAUCUGUGUAUCCUGAGAGCACUUCUUCGUCGUUAGUUGGUCUCGCCAUCAAUUACACCUUGUUAAUUCCAAUUUACCUAAAUUGGGUCGUCAAACUUUUCGCCGAUAUGGAAAUGCAAAUAGGAGCUGUUGAGAGAUUACAAUAUUAUAUCGAUAAUGGAAAAAACGAUCGUGAGUGUGAAGAAAAUGAAAUUGAAGCAAAAAAGUCUGUUCCCAUUUCGUGGCCACAAAAAGGCGAUAUUUCAUUCGAAAAUGUGACAAUUCGAUACGAAAGAGGCAAGGAUUGUGUUAUUAAAGGAUUAAAUCUUGUCAUUCCAGCGGGACAAAAGAUCGGAAUUUGUGGGCGAACAGGAAGCGGAAAGUCAACUUUAGCAAUGGCUCUGUUCCGAACAGUUCAAAUAACAGCAGGAACUGUCACCAUUGACGACGUCGAUAUCUCCCACGUUAAUUUGGAGGAUCUUAGAUCACGUUUGUCGAUCAUUCCGCAAGACGUUUUCUUGUUCAGCGGGACUUUGCGUGAAAAUUUAGACCCGAGAGGAUAUUUUUUGGAUCAUGAAUUGUGGAAUGCACUCGAAAUCGCACAAUUAAAGGCUUUUGUGAACGCACAACCAAAGGGAUUGAAUUUUGAAGUCAAAGAAGGCGGUUUGAACUUCAGUGCAGGUGAACGACAACUAUUUUGUCUCGCAAGAGCGAUUCUUCGUGGUUCCAUUUGUCUGAUACUUGAUGAGGCAACUAGCAGUUUAGAUUCUUAUCGCGAGCAACAAUUACUGAAAGCCGUAAAUAAAGCAUUUAAUGGACGUACAAUCAUCAAUAUUGCGCAUCGUGUACACACAUUGCUGGACUAUGAUCGAGUAAUUGUACUUGAAAAUGGCAAAAUUAUCGAAGAUGGAGAUCCAAGAGCCUUAAAAUUGGAUCCUGAAAGUAAAUUUGCAGCAUUAUUAAAGGCGUCGGAUAUCCAACAACCGGAGACAAGAACAACAAAACUAUAAAAAAAAACUUCUAAGAGCAGUUUCUGUGUCAAAUUAAAAGCUACAACUAAUAAGACUGAAUUGCGAAAAUCUUCCUA